UGCCUAGUGCAAGACAAGAAGAAUGUAAAAGCAGCAAUAGGUCAAUGAGAAUUCUUAUGAGCUCCAGGAAGCAUGAAGAGCCGCUUGAAAGGAGAUAUAAAUCCAGGCAAAAUAAGAGGUUAGAUCAGACAAUUAGCGAUAUGAACAGCUCACAUUCAAUUCUCAAUCAGCCGAAAUCUAUCUAUGAUGAUGAGAAGAAAGCCAUAAGUAGGAAAAAGAAGAAGAAAGUAAGAAAGGUAAAGAAAAUUAAAAGAAAAACUAAAGCCAAAGCCGACAAAGCAGCCAGUCAUGGUUCAAAGAAUCUGUAUAAUAAUGAAAUUGAACAGGAUGCGAAGUCUGAUGGGCUUAUUUUGAACCAAAUAUUUGAUUCAACUAUGUCUUUCAAAGACUCUACAAAAUCUUAUAAGGUUAUUAAAAAGAACACGAUUCUUGAGAAAAUGACCCAUAAAGACAUCAGUAAGAACGAAAGUAAGAGAAGUCGAAAACAGAGCAACCUGAUUUCAGGCUCAAAAUCUUCACUAAAGAAUGAAACCCGGAUUCUUCCAUUUGAGAAGCCAUCAGAGACUGACUCUGUUGGACCAAAAGAAGAUAAUGUGUAA